AUGAUCAUAUUGGCAAUAGCUAUUGCUUUGGCUAGAGCUGCAAUGGCGACGCCUAGCUGCUAUUGUUUGAACACAAGUGACGAGUUUUGUUUUAUGGAGAUCUCUGUCAGGGCUGCUUUGGGUGGUAGUUUUUUUUCUUACCACCGCUUGUGGCCCUGGGUUGGUCUAUGCAUCACCGAACCAGUAUGUCUUCGUCCGAGUUGCACCUCUCAUAUCAUCGGCUGUGAAGUAUCACUGCCAGUUGAUGUUCCAGCUGUUGAAGAAAUCGGUCUGUCGUCAACCUGCGGUUGCGGUGACUGUGGUGCCAUUCUCGGCACCGGCGAUCUUGGGAACGUUGGCUGUAGAGAACCGGUUCCAGGAGAACCAUUUCCUGACAAGAUGGGAUUUGUAGGUGAACCUCCCCAUCAACCAGAAAAGGAGACUCCACGCAUGACGCUGGUGACGAAGCGUGGCACGUGCUCAGCGGAUGCAGAGGUGACUCUGCAGCAAACAGUUAUUUAG